UCCCUACUCUAAAUAUACAACAGAAUACCUAAACAUCGCUCACUUUACAUCAAACAUCCCCAUACAACGAUAUCUCCCCAAGUGCUCGACGUUGUUCGGCCAUCUAUAGCAUGUGAUAGUUCCCUUGUGCAAGAGUUUAAAAAUAGCCUCACCCUCAUGCUGACGAUACUCGUUGAUCUGCCAUGAAUGCUGAUGUAAUGGCAUGAAACACUUGGGUGACCAUCGAUGAACAUUUUUAGUUGAAUGGGGGGAUUUACAAGGGUUUAGGUACUGGCAAACAAUUAAAACUUUUUGAUAUCGCAACAUAUCCACCUGUAAAGAAAUAAUUUCUAUGAUAAAGCAAGCACACUGACUAGACUGUGUAACAAUAACACUGUAAUCUAUCUAAACAACUGCUUCAGCACAAGUAACUGGUCCAAAACGCCUAUUGGCCGUACAAUAAAAUAAAUAACCUCUGGUAGAAUUUCUCAAUUUGAUAGACAGCAGUAGAUUGUUUUGCUAAACAUAAAUAGUAUUUCUUUUAUUUCUUGAAAAAGACAGCACUUUAACACCAUUGGAGAUUUUAGAUUAAGACAUUAAUGUCAAGAGGACACGCAAAACUGUUGAAGACACUACAUUUUCAGUGGCAAAGAAAACCUUUUUUAUUCAUGCUAUGUAGUGUCAAAAGAGUUGAAAUGGACAAAACAACAGUCACGGGUUGUUGACACCAAGUUGUUUACCUAUUGGAUUGACCCAGUCAUGUGGAACUUGGUGGUCCUCGCUCCUAUCACCAUUGGGAGGGACAGAGUGCCCACUGGGACGAGUGACACAUGCAACACUGAGAAGGAGGGGGCUGUUUCUAUGAAAAGAUCCCGAGACAGCAAGCAGGCAGGAAUGUGCGCCCGGGUUGUUGGGAAGGGAUUGGGUGUCACCAGCUGUGAGGGGCUGGUAUAAAAGCCAGAGCCCCCAGUUCCCAGUCAGAACAGAUACCAGCAUUUCACACGUUGCAGCACACACUAGAGUCCCGCCUUUCCUUUUGGUAACAGCUUAGUUUUCACUUGUGGAAAUUAAGGAAACUUGCAGGCGUAGUUUGAGGCUUUUUCACCAUGGACGUUCAGAGGACAGGGUCGGUGGUCCGGCCCCCGAGCCCCAUGGAUAGCCUAGAGAAGCAACUGAGCUGCCCCAUCUGCCUGGACAUGUUCACCAAACCCGUGGUCAUCCUGCCCUGCCAGCACAACCUGUGCCGUAGCUGUGCCAGCGACCUCUACGACUCCCGCAACCCGUACCGCUUUUCCGGCGGCGUCUUUCGCUGUCCCACCUGCCGCUUUGAGGUCGUGCUGGACCGCCACGGGGUGCACGGGCUCCAGCGAAACCUGCUGGUGGAAAACAUUAUCGACCUGUACAAGCAGCAGCAAGAAGGCAGCGGCGGCACAGAAAGCACCCUGAAGCCCAAAGAAUCCAAGGAGCCCAUGUGCGAAGAGCACGAGGAUGAGAAAAUCAACAUCUACUGCGCGACGUGCCAGGUCCCCACGUGCUCCAUGUGCAAAGUGUUUGGCCAGCACAAGGACUGCGAGGUGUCACCGCUGGCGAGCGUCUACCAGGUGCAGAAGGGCGAACUGAGCAACGCCAUCGACACUCUGGUGGCCGGCAACGGCCGCCUGCAGGCCCUGCUCAAUCAGAUGGAAGACGCCUGCCGCGCCGUCCAGGACAACGCUCAGAGCGCCAAGCAGGGGCUGGCCGAGCGCUUCGACCUGCUUUACGCCGUCCUGGAAGAGCGCAAGACGGUUCUGCUCGAGCAGAUCGGCAAGGAGCAAGAUGAGAAGGUGGCGGCCCUGCGAGCGCUGGCCCAGCGCUACGGCGAGCGGCUGCAGACCAGUUCGGAGCUCACGGAUACGGCCGUGAGGGCGCUGGAGCAGGGCGGCGCCGCUCAGUUCCUGUUGGCCUCCAAGGGCCUAAUCUCGCAGACCAAGGACGCGGCGAAAAGCUCGCUGGGGGAGGAGAGGCCCGAGCCGGGCUUCGAGAAGAUGGACCACUUCACUUUGUCGACGGAGCACGUGGAGGCGGUCCUGGCAAAAAUGGACUUCGGCACGUUUGAUGAUGAUGAAUUUGAGGACGCAGAGGAGGAGGAGGAGGAGGAGGAGGAGGAGGAAGAAUAAUGAACAUUGAAGUGUUAAUGGAUUUCUUGUGUCUGGCACGGAUUGCGUUUCAUGUUGAAAGAAAUCCAAGGUUGCCGUGGGUGUCGGCUUUAAUAUGUCGCCAAUACUUUCAGUGCAAUAUAAAAUUUCAAUGUGGUAUUAAUACCUAAAAUACCCUUUUCUUAACUCCUUUUUUAUACUUUUUUACUACUAAGCCCGUUGGAUGGAGAAAAAGACUUAGAUAAUUGUAAAAAUAGAACGUCUGAAGGUUCAUUACGUUAUUUUCCUCAUUUGUAGGUCAAUGAAAUCGUUGUUUGUUCUUCUCACUUGUCCAAGUUUGUGUUUAAUUAGUGAUCAGUUGAUCUGCCUGUGGUCACCAAAUCUGUCUAAUGGAAUGUGGAAUAAAGCUGCAUGAAUUCAGCUCCCCUUUGCUUUAUUGGUGAACCAAAAGGAGAAGCUGAAGUAAAGACAUAAAGGAAGAUGUUUGUCCUGUAGAUUCUCCUUGGAGAGCUGCCUUCCCACACUGCUGCUUCUCUUACUUGGCAAUAGGCUGCAUUUAAAAAUAAAAGUCCUUGCCACGUCCUCUCUGCUUUGCCUUUGCUGGUGAGAAGUGGGGUUCUAUUUUUAAGAGGUGAGAAAUGAUAGCAGCCCUGGAAUAGACCCAUGGACGGACCGGACAGGUCCUGUUUCUCCUCCAUAAUGCUCCCAUCCUCCCACUCAUGAACGUCUUGCUCAGCGGCAUGUGCAAAGGCCGCACUGAAAGGCCGGUCCAGUUGCUGCCGAGUCAUCGCCCAAUGGUCAGAGGCCAUGGUAAAAAUACACGUGUGCGGCCGGGUUUCAGAAUGCCCCCGUACAGGACCCACUUGUCCUCAUGUGUUUUCAGAUACGCAGCCAGUCGGUUGCGCAGUUUUCUGAUGUUUGAUAUGUGGUUUACUUUUAACAGAUGACAAUUUUGUUGUGAGAACAUCACGUAGUAGGUCAUCAUGCCAAAUCAACAGAACAUCUCUGGAAACACAACUUUUACAAUAGGCUGUUUUUUUUUUAUCCCUCUUGUGUUUAAAUGGAGACUAGAUAAUAAUCUGCAACCAGAACUCUGAUUAAAAACCUUAUCUAACUGAA